UUCAGCUGUUUCCGGAGGACAGUAGAGAAGUGAACAGCGGAGACGCAAGACUUCCGUUUCUAAGCUCACUUCUACUACAUUAAAUGAAGGUUCUUUAAUUUAGCCGUUAUAUUUAUUUUUCGUUAUUUAACGAACAGUUUAAUUGAGUAAGAAAUAACGAUAAUAGGAACCCGCAGGCGCGUGAGAUGAAAUGACAACGUCAACACUGCAGAAAGCGAUUGAGCUGGUCACUAAAGCCACAGAGGAGGACAAGGCCAAGAACUAUGAGGAGGCGCUGAGGCUCUACCAGCACGCCGUGGAGUAUUUCCUGCACGCCAUCAAAUAUGAAGCACACAGUGACAAGGCGAAGGAGAGCAUACGAGGGAAGUGUAUGCAGUAUCUGGACAGAGCCGAGAAGCUCAAAGACUACCUGAAAAACAAGGACAAACAGGGCAAGAAGCCAGUGAAGGAAACACAGAGCAAUGACAAAAGUGACAGUGACAGUGAGGGAGAAAAUCCAGAGAAAAAGAAACUCCAGGAGCAUCUCAUGGGUGCGAUUGUGAUGGAGAAGCCCAAUGUUAGGUGGAGUGAUGUGGCCGGACUGGAGGGAGCCAAAGAAGCUCUAAAGGAAGCUGUCAUUCUGCCUAUCAAAUUCCCACACCUGUUCACAGGCAAGCGCACUCCAUGGAGGGGUAUUCUUCUGUUCGGGCCGCCGGGCACAGGGAAGUCUUACCUGGCCAAAGCUGUGGCCACCGAAGCCAACAACUCCACCUUCUUUUCUGUGUCCUCCUCCGACUUGAUGUCCAAGUGGCUCGGAGAGAGCGAGAAGCUGGUGAAGAACCUGUUCGAUCUGGCGCGUCAGCAUAAGCCGUCCAUCAUCUUCAUCGAUGAGGUGGACUCGCUGUGCGGCUCCAGAAACGAGAACGAGAGCGAAGCAGCCAGGAGGAUCAAGACCGAGUUCCUGGUGCAGAUGCAGGGUGUUGGUAAUAACAACGACGGGAUCUUAGUUCUCGGUGCCACUAACAUCCCGUGGGUCCUUGAUGCUGCUAUUCGCAGGAGGUUCGAGAAGCGCAUCUACAUCCCUCUUCCAGAGGAGCCGGCGCGAUCGGCCAUGUUUCGCCUUCAUCUGGGAAACACUCCUCACAGCCUGACGGAGGCAGACCUGCGGCAGCUCGCACGCAAGACUGACGGAUACUCAGGAGCCGAUAUCAGCAUCAUCGUGCGGGACGCGCUCAUGCAGCCCGUCAGGAAGGUGCAGUCGGCCACGCACUUCAAGAAGGUUCGAGGGCCGUCCCGCAGUAACAGUGCAGUGAUAGUGGAUGACCUGCUGACCCCGUGUUCACCCGGUGACCCCGAGGCCAUCGAGAUGACCUGGAUGGACGUGCCUGGAGACAAACUGCUGGAGCCCAUCGUGUGCAUGUCUGAUAUGCUGCGUUCUCUGGCCACGACCCGGCCAACCGUCAACACAGAAGACCUGCUGAAGGUCAAGAAGUUCACAGAGGACUUUGGACAGGAGGGUUGAAGCACACCCGUAUGUAGCCGUCCCGACUCGACCAGGACUACCGUCUCUACUCCAAACUAACCAACGGCAGGAGCAUGUGAUCAGAUCUGACACUACACACACACACACACACACACACACACACACACACACAUCAGCUGAACGGUGAAGCACUGGACAGACCAGAGCAUGAAGCUUGCUGUAAAUUGUGUUGAAAUCAUCCAACUAGACGAGGCGUCCCUCUGUUCAGCUCCGUCACAGAUGAGUAUUUAUUUUAAUUUAUUUUCAGAGUGUUGGAUUGUUGUCGAGCGUCAUUAUUAACUGUGUCCAGAUCAGUAUUUCAGCACUUUAACUGUGAACGUGAAGCUCACAAACAUUUUUUGUUUUCUGGAGGUCUGUUUCCACCACAGAACGACUAAUACUAAUCAUCCUUUGUUUAUUGUUUAGGGUUGUUUUAUAUGUAGCGGCUCAGAGGGGAAAAAGAAACAACUGAGAUGAUCGUAGAGUUACGUUCUUUUCCCAUCAAAAUUGCAAUUCUGACAUCAUUUGAUUUAUUUCCUAAAUUAAGACACAAACUCAUAAUUUUGAGAAGAAAAUAUAUGUAAUUUUGAAAGCCUUACGUCAAAAAAGUCAAAAUCGAAAUCUCAGAAUUGCAGAAAAUAUUGAGUUUGAAUCAAAUUUAUUUCCCGCUGUUUGUGCAAUUUGUGACUUUUUUAGUCAGUACUGCAACUUUUUUCCCUAAUAAUACAUUUUUUUACUUUGCGAUUUACUUUUUCUUUGGUUCAUUUUCUUACAAUAUUUUGCAAUUUUGAUGGUUUCCUCUUAAUAUUUAUCUCUGUUUUGUGCAACUUUUUUUCUGGCCAAAAUGAGCAAAUUUAAAUAGUAUUUUACUCUUUUUGAUUCUGUUUUUCCCACUUUUUAAUAUUAAUAUCUAUGUAAUAGUGAUACAAUAUCUAAUUGAGUUUUUUUUUUAUUGCAAUUGACAUUUUUUUCCCUCCCAACUAUUUAUUUUCUGGUUGAGAUAAAAAUGGAGAAAAAGUCAUUCUAAGAGACGACGUCAAAUUUUGUUUACAAUUUUACUUUUUUAUUUUUUAUUUUUCUCAACUCUAAAUCAAAUGUAUAGUAAUUUAUUAAGGUAUUUAUAAGGUCUUUCAAAAUUCACUGUUUUUCUUUACAGUAAAGAAAUUUACAAUAUAAACUCAAAUCCUCGAAUCAUUACUUUGUAAUUUUGCGCUUUUUUAUUUUAUUUUUUACAAUAUUUCACAAUUUUUAAGAUUUCCUCUUAAUCUUUAUCUUCAUAUUGUCAACUUUUUUGGCCAAAAUAAGCUCAUUUAAAUAGUAUUUUCCACUUUUUGAUUUAGUUUUUCAGAUUUUUUUAACAAUAUUAAAUUGCGAUGCAAUAAAAAAAAAGUGCAAUUGACAAAAAUAAUUGUAAUUGCCAAAUUUCUCCCAACUAUUUUCUGGUUGAGAUAAAAAUAUUAUUAAAAAAAAAUAUCAUUUUGAGAAUUUUUUAAAAUUCUAAAUAAAAUUUAUCAAUUUAUAAGGUCCGUCACAAUUGAGACUUUAUUUUUCUUUAUAGUAAAGAAAUGCACAAUAUAAACUGUUUAUUUUAAUUCCAAAUUAAGUCGUUACUUUGCAAUUUUACGCUUUUCUAAAAUUAAUUUCCUUGCAAUAUUUUACAAUUUUGAUGAUUUCCGCUCAACGUUUAUUUUUGGGGGGCCAAAAAUAGCUCAUUUAAAUAGUAUUUUGCAUUUUGACUUAAUUUCAAGAUUUUUAUUAUUAUUUUUUUUGUAACUGCAUCUUUUUUCUUCAAACUGCAAUUCAUUACUACUAUUUAUUUUUGGUUAAGAUAAUCUGAGGAAAACAUCGAGAGAAAAAAAAAACUAUAUUAAGAGAUUACGGCCAAUUAUCUUUCAUUCCCCCUCACAAUAGCGAGUCAAAUUGAGCACUUUAAAAGGCAUCUCACAAAUCAGACACUUUUUCCUUGCAGUUUUGAGUUAAUAUUGUGCAAUUCUUCACUCACAAUUGUAUUUCAAUAUAUUUACAAUUUUGACCUUUCUCCUCAAUAUUUAAGCUGAUAUUGUGCAAUUUAUAUGUAAACUUUUUUGUCAGAGUUGCGACUGUCUUGUAAGUCAAAUUGAAAUAUUUCACACUAGCCUUUUAAUUCACAAUGUGACAUACAAAGCUUAAAUAAAUGCUUCUUUUGUCUUUUAGUAAGCAACUCUGACAGAAUAAUGCGUUUAUAAAUAUUUGAAUUCUGUUGUGGAAACAAACUCCUCUACAUUUACCCCAGAAUUAACAGAGAAAUAUUUGCACACAAAAUAGCCUGUCAUUUAUGCUGAUGAUUUUUAUCUCUGCAGACAGAAAUGUCAAUUAGUUUCAUAAUUGCAGUGUGAAAUGUUCAUGUUCUCGCCCUGCUGAUUCUGAAGUCAAACAUUUCACUCGUCCGUCAACAUUUCCUGAUGGAGCAGACAUAAUGAAGUGUAUUAUAGAGCAGUAGCUGCCUUUCAGAAAACCUCCUGAACUGAUGAACAAAAGACUUUUAAAGCGAUCUGUGUUUCUGCUUAACUAAACAUGCCUUCUAACAAUAGCUCUGGUUUAUUAGCGGUGUGAUUUAACCGAAGGAUCGUUUAUUCUGAACAUGCCGUCUGUGUUUCUGGACAAAAGCUGAUUUUCCAAUUGAGAAAGAUAAAAAGUUUCUUAAAAAUGGAGAAUGCCGUGACGUCGAUGUUCAAUUAAAGGAGAAUUCAACCAAACAACAA